AUGUUGUUUCCAGAGAGCGACGCGUCUCUUCUUAGAGCUUGGAUCAUAAGGCGCCUUGCCAAUACAUCCGAUGCAGACGCAGAUGUACUUGCCGAUUACGUCCUAGCUCUCCUACGACACGAUGGCGAUGUCGAGUCCAUUCGCAAGAUGUUUGAGGAAGAAAUUCCCGAUUUUCUCAGAGAAGACGCGGCCGCCUUUACAGGUGACGUCUUUCAAGCCGUCAAGUAUCGUUCUUACUUGCCAGGAGCUCCUCCUGCGCCUCCUAGCGGUCGUCAAGCUCUUGCGCCCCCUCCAGUUGCGCCCUUAAUACCUUCAUAUCAACCUCAAGUACCAUACAACACAACUUCAACGGCUCCGGCCUUCCCCCAGAACGGUUCGCGGAAGCGCGCGUAUAAUGAUCGAGACGAUAAUGACGUGGACAUCAUCUUAACGAGCCAAGGUUCUUAUUCCGGAGCUCAGCCCUACAAGCAGCCUCGUAGAGGGGGUGGCUUCUCACAGCGUGGUGGGAGAUUCGAUGAAUCUUACAAGCCAAGGGAUCAAAAUGGGUUUUCUGGUCCAUACCCGGCAUCUUCUAGAUCUAAUGGCCGCUUUGGACUACCGCCACCACCGUCUUUUCAACCCUCUACGCAUGACCAUGGUAUACCGCCGAUAAACUUGGACAACCUCAUGGAAAAUAUCCAGAGGAUGAAUCAACUCGAUAUUCCUAUUCCUCAAUUACCUGAUCUUCCUAAACCUGUUUAUUCGGGCUCUAUUCCUCCGCCACGUCGGAGAAGACAAAAGUGUAGGGACUAUGAGACUCGUGGCUACUGUUCUCGAGGGAGCAAUUGCAAGUUCGAGCAUGGUUCUGAUUCUUUAAUGAUGCCUCCACUUCCACCUUCGGCAAAUGAUGAAUAUGAUCCUAACAAUGCCGUUUUCCCAAUGCCGCUCCUAGCGAAUCCACACCAGCCACAGGCAUUCCAGCCCCUAAAUUUACCCCCUUUUUCCACGGCGGCCCCUACAAAUCGUCGCGAACAUAACAAAUCGAGACGGACAAAGGGUCGACCGCCUAAUACGACAAGCGGUCCUAUACAUGACAAGACUAAGACCGCCAUUGUAGUCCAGAACAUUCCCAGUGGAUAUUUCACCGAAGAGAAAGUGCGUGAGUACUUUUCUCAGUUUGGCAACAUUGCAGACAUUUCAAUACAGGGGCCUGACCGCCUUGCGGUUGUUAAGUUUGAUACUUGGGAUGCAGCUCAUGCUGCCUGGAGCUCACCGAAGGUAAUCUUUGACAACCGGUUUGUGAAGGUGUUUUGGCACAAGGACGAUACCGAGUCCAGACCAAAUUCGGUCAAUGGAAAAGCCGGAAAUGGGGCAAAGAAUGGAGCUACUAAUGGCAAUUCGCUUAUUGAAGAGAGUGCGCCUACCGAAUCCUUUGACAUGGACGAAUUUAUACGCAAGCAGGAAGAGGCGCAAAAAGCCCACGAAGAGAAGACCAAGAAGAGAGAAGAAUUAGAGCGCCAACGCCAAGAAUUAGAAGAACGUCAGAAAGAGCUUCGUGCGCGACAACUCGAGGAGAAGCGCAGGCUUCAGGCUAAGCUCACCGGAAAAAGUUCGUCAGAAACAACAGAUGAUACUACUAAAAAGCCUACGUCACAGACAGAGGCCCUUAAAGCACAACUAGCAGCUUUAGAAGAGGAGGCCAAUGUCCUAGGAAUUGAUCCGGACGCUAUUCAUGAGGACUCAUCAUGGUCUACUAGAGGGCGUGGUAGAGGCGGCCGAGGUUAUCGCGGUCGUGGACGCUAUGUCGCGAGAGCUACCAGAGGCGGACAUAGCUACCAAGGUAGAGGUGGCAUAGAAGCUAGACAUGCAGCUUAUGCUGCGUAUUCCUUGGACAACAGACCCAAGAUAAUUGCGCUAUCUGGUGUAGACUUUACAAAUCUAGAGAAGGACGAGGCAUUACGACAAUACCUUUUCGGCAUUGGUGAAUUCAAGGAAAUUCACACAGAUCCGGCCGCAACGCAUAUUACAUUCAAAGAUCGCAAAACAGCAGAGCAGUUUAUGAUGGGUGUGUCUGCCAAUAAUGCGAUUCCCGGACUUGAGGACAAGGUCGAAAUUACGUGGGCCACAUCUGCACCUCAGUCUGAAACGAAGACUCAUGCUGAUGAUAACGUGCCUAUGGCUAAUGGUAUAGAGGACGACCAAGGGGCCAGAGAUAAGACCAGCGCCGAAGGUAGUAGCAGUGUGACCAUCGGGCUAGAGGAAGGAGAAGUCAGUAAUGGACACGGUCGUGAUCAGCAUGAUAUGGAUUACGAGGCAGGAGAAGACUGGGAUAUUUCCUAA